UGUCCUCAGUGUGUGGUGAAAUCAAUUCUGUGUCACGUGAUAGUUAUCUGUAGUCCUGUUUUAUCCCGGGUUACAUUAUAUCAUUUCCUCAAGGUAAUUCCAGAAUGAUGGUGUUAAGACCCCAUAUCUUCCUCCUUGUCUGCGUUUACUUUAUUGGAUUGUCAGACCAAUCAUCCGGUGCCAGAACACUUUUCAUCGGACGUGAUUGUGGAAUUGCGAAUUAUGAAAUACACCACGUGAAUAAGGAAGAAACCUAUACAAUUGAAUGGAAUGGUGAGACCAUCCCAAGUUAUUGUACCAUUAGUUUCAUUGGACGUGACGACGGUUAUAUGAACGAGUACAAGGUCUGUGUAACGAAAGAGAAGUGGUCACUGCCCAAUUGUGGGGCGAAGGUCUCAUUGGAAAAAGGAAUCAUCAGUUCUCUUUCAGAGAUGUAUACCUGCUAUUACGAGCCCUCACAUUGGUGUGGCAACUCGGACGAAUAUGUAGACGUGGUAUUUGCUUCCACUUCCACUUUUGAAAGCGGUUCUGGUCAAGUUCGACUUAAGGUCACAGCCGUGAUGACGUACAAUUAUAACCUGACCAUUG